AUGGAGGCUCCCCCUCCCGAAGGGCAGGAAUGGCCAGACCAGCGCUUGAAAAUCCUGGUGCCAGUCUGGACACUUAUGAUUCUCAGCACAGGUUUUAUGGUGUGGAGAUGCGUGUAUGCAUUCAUGCAGCGAAGAAGGUUCAUGAUAGCAGACUACCUGCUCAUCAUGGCUACUUGCCUCAAUAUAGUCGCAACCGCGAUUGCACAAGUGAUUGUCGAAGCAGGUCUCGGAAGACACAUCAUGGAUCCCACGGUGCUCCCUCAAAUUCUGCACUACAGCUAUUUCCUUUGGAUAGCCCAGAUUAUCAACAUCAUCGCCGUCGCAUUCUUGAAGUGGUCCAUCUGCGCUUGGCUUCUGGUGCUCAACUUCUCCAAAGUCUACCAGGCUCUAGUCUGGCUCUCAAUCGCAAUGGUGACGGCGUUCAAUUUCCUGGCUCCUGUCCUGACUCUCUUCGGCUGUAUCCCGCUGGAGAAGAAUUGGAACUUUGGAUACCAAGGCCCCAGCCGCUGCUGGGCGAAAGGAACUCUUCCACUGUCGUAUACCCAAGGUGUGAGCAAUAUUCUGACUGAUGUGGUCUACAUGGCUGCGCCAUUGAUCUACCUCUCAAGAGUGCAACUGUCGCGGAGAACCCAAUGGGGUAUCCGCAUCGUCUUCCUACUCAGUAUCCCCGCCACCAUCUGCUCCAUCUUCAAAACCAUCGAACUUCGCACCAUCACAAAGACCUCCGACCCAACCUGGGACGGUGUAAACCUCACCAUCUGGUCCCAAGCCGAACUCUCCAUCGGCAUCCUCAUCGCCUCCCUCCCACCCCUCCGCAAAGCCUUCGACCACUUCUUCCAGAAGAUCCUCCCCUCGACCAUCACUGGCAGCCACAAGACACCGCAAUACGCCUAUGGCCACUCCACCGGCGGCGGCGAUAUCCGUAUGAAGACAUUCGAAGGCAGCAAAGCCUACCACAGCCGCAUCCCCGGCGAAUCCAUCCUCGACGGCGACGACGAGAGCGACCGCGCCAUUCUAGAGGGCGAGGAGCACAAAGGUCCGGGAAUCCUGAAAAGCACAAAAGUCACGAUUGAGGAGUCAACGGGCGAGAUGAGCAGUAGUUCGAGUAGCGAGGUCCAGAAGAAGACGUCGCAGGAGAGCUACAAGCAGAGUCUGGAUUGGAAUUCGCCACAUCUGGAUCAAGGGCCUGCGCAUGCGCGGUAA